AUGGAAACUCAUAAGAAAAUUUAUAAAAGGAGAAAUGAGCUGCCUUUAAAUAAAUUUCAUCAACUCAAAAGAUCAAAAACAAAUCAAAAGGAAGGGGAGAGUUGUAAGAAAUUAAAAAAAUAAAUAAGAGAUCUUCAAAGGUUGAUAGAUAAAGUAUAUUAAUUAAUUAAAUUAAGGGUCAUUUAAAUGAAGAAAUAAAAUAGGCAAAACAAUAAGAUCUAGAGGCCAAAUAAAAACAAUUAAAUUAAAAAUAGAAUGAAUACAAGUAGCAAUAGAAAAAAAUUGAUUAUUUUGCCAGAAAAUAUAAGAAAAUAAAAUAAGUGGAUUUGAAAAAGUUGAAGAGACUGUUAGAGAAGAUUCAAAAAGAGCUAGAAACUACAGAAAAUAGAGAACCAUUGUUGGAGUAGGAAUCUGAAAUACAAGAGAAGAUUAAUUAUGUCAAAUAUUAUCCUAAGGAUUAAAAAUAUAUUUCAUUAUUUGGUAAGAAUUUGAAUGAACAUGCAAAAGAAUAAUAAGAACUUUUAAUAGAUAAAAGCAAAAAGAAUGUAAAUGAUUAUGAAUAUUAACAUAGUUCAAAUAAAAGGAGUUGAAAAAAUAUAGAAUGAUUGAGGAGACUCACAAAGAAGUUAAUGACGAUUUUUUGAUGGAUGAAGAAAAUGAUUAGAUUGUUAGCAAAUAGUUAGUUGAUAAAUAAGGAAAAGUAAUUAAGCAAUAGAAAUUUAAUUCAUUACAAUGA